CUGAUAGGAAGCGAAAGUGGCCAUCCGAUGCGGGAUAGGAAAAAGUACACAUUGCAACAGAUGCAAGGGAUUGGGAAACUCUCCAGUGCUCGGUGGUCAUAGACGACAACAUUCCGUGUACGAUGUCAAAGGUGGAUGAGAGGACCGAUUUCCCAAGUGGUUAGAGAGUAACUGUACGCUCAGUGGAUCAAUGGAGAAGCUGUUCUGAAGAAUAAUAUGGCAUGAGGAGCCAUAUUAGUCCCCGAGUGGAAAUGAUACACCAGAAUCAUUUUUUCAUCAUUAUCCUCGAAUUAUCUCAUGACUCAACAGUACCAACAAUUCCGAAAAGCUGGCAUCAUUGAAGAAGUCGGUGUCAGGACUGCCUCCAUCUCUGCAAGCAAUGGCAACUCAUCAUACUAUGUGUGUUUACAAGACAUUCAGGAUGUGUUUCCAGAUGCACAGCGAUUCAAGCUGGAUGAACAUCCCAUCCUGUUCCUUCAAGACUCUAAUGGCAACAGAAUCAAACCCCCAUGCAUUGCAUUCUAUCCUGACACGAUCCUGGAUGUCAUUACAGAUGGACCACAGGUCUGCAAUAGUAAUAGCAGCAGUAAUAGUAGCAGCUCCAGUCUUAAAACGACUACGGAUUUGAUGCUAGAGACUAAAGAAAACGACAAAAAGAUGCUUGACUUGUUACUGGAGGCCAAAAAGAAGGACGAAGAAAUGCUUAAACUGCAGCAGCAAGCUCUCGACAGACUUGCCACCCUUCAAAGACAUGCCAAUGCUAUCCUUAUCCAGAACUUUGAGUUACAUGAGUAUCCAAUCCCUCGACUCUUCAUAAUCCUGCCUGUCGACACCACCAAGUGGGACCCAAGGAAUGUCCUGGGGAGCAAGGUCCGCCCUCAUUUCCUUUGUGAAUGUGGAGAACACACUGCAACGAUAAGCAAGAGCAAUCAAAACCAGAUUCAUAUUGCUAAACAUGAAGGAUAUGACAUCCGAAACAGCACAGAGUUCUUUCGCAAGUAUGGAAAAUACAUGCUCAUCCUCUUACACUCUCUCAAAAUGAAAUCGCCCUUGACGGCUUCUUUGGCAUCAAUCCCGAAACUCGAUGUCUGUAUCAACUCUUCGAUCAAAUAUAUAGAAGCACUCUCUAAUAAGUACUCAGUCUUGAGCAAGAUUAACAAAAUCGACGAGUGUGAGGCACUUGAAGGAGCUGAUCUUUGGCAACUGGAAAAAUCCCUUGAAAAUAACGAUGAAGGCAAGCAACUUGGUAACUUGUACAGGAUCACAACGAAGACAGGCCAUGUCAAAUGGGUCUGUCUGGAUCACUAUUGUUGGACAUAUAUAGAAGCAGAACAGCAAGUGCUCGAAAAAGCAGUAGAGCUGAAUGGUGGCGAAUAUGACUUGCACCUUGGCAAAGUGAUCAUCAGAUUGAAGUCCAAAGCAACAGCUGAAGAGCUCUUUGAUACGCUGGCCAACGCAAGGUGUGUUUACGAGUUGGAUAUCGCCUUUGAUUGGAAUUGAACCAAAGCUGAUCUGGAAGCAUUCGAAGAAGCACUAAAGACGUCAAGUGUAUCGAUCCUUCGACUUGAACUCGGAGAUUUUCAAGAAAGCAUUAGCUGGAAAAUACUUUCGACAUCCUCGCCAUAUGAAACACUUGCUCGCAUGAUAGAACUUAGCAGCAUGAAGACAAUUCAGAUUGUUCUCCCUCCGAAGACUAUAAAAGUCCCCAGUUUACGAUUCAAUAG